AUGACGCUGCACAGGAAUGUGAUCGAUGUAUCUGCCCUGGACUCUCAGCUGGAGCAGCAUGAAUAUCUCAAUCGAGGCCGGCAGUACGCACAACGUGUCUCGGUGCUAGCGCUACCUGCAGUUGGGCUUCCAUGCUUGCUUGGGGGAAACAGUUCUCCACAAGAGGUUCUCUCUCGUCCUCCUCUGGCACCACUGCAGUUACAAAAGAUGGAUGCCCUGAUGGAGAAAGUCCAACAAGUACUAGCCGAUGUACAAGUUGAGCACAAGGAGGACCUGGUAGUCCAACUCUGCAGUCCACCGUAGCCAUGUCUAGUACAGUGCACCUCCUUUGGCCUACUUGAACUGUUUUCUUGUACAUACGCUGCCAUAAAAUGCCUUCACAUUCGUGGUCA